AUGAGCAUCGAUUCAAUACUCGACAUUCGUACUGUACCAGAAAACACCGCCUUUCGUGUUGUUGUUAAAGUCAAACCAGAAGUUGCUGUCGACACAAAUUAUAAAUUGGUGUGUUGUGCGACGAAGCGUCACUAUGCGCAGUACUCCGCUAUCUUUUACUUCUCAACAAUUGACACUUGUGACUCUCUCAACAAAUUACUACCCAGCGGUCUGUAUGACUUCCACAUUCUUGACGAGGAUUACAAAGAAGAUAAUGACUUCAAACCGAUAGUUGGAUAUGUCAUAGGCACGACUUACCCCAUCGAAGUGUGUUACCAAAAGCCGGACUUAUUACUCCAUUUUUCACAGCCCGCACCAGAUGGGUUGGUGUAUGGCAUCUUUCAAACAACAGAAAACGAGUCGAAAGAGAAGUAUCUCAUAGGGAUGCAAGCCUUUGAAAGUGUUGGUGAAGGGGUGUUAGACCGAUACAUUACAAUUGACAGAAAAGCUUAUAUCAAACACAGACAAUAUGAAGUCAGACUCUUUCACAGUGAUUUCAAGUUGAAAUGGAAUUGGUUGAAUUUAUUAGGUGAUGAGGCUUAUAUAGUCUGUGGUCUCUCAAAUCCCUUUGUAAUUUAA